UUUACUUGCCUUCCCACCCUGGAUCCGACAUUCCAUCCCACGCUUCCCCUCCCUUCAGAUUAACGAGUUAUGACGGAGUGUGUGGUUGUCUUUGAGAGGAACUACGACGCAGGUUUACUGAAAUAAUGGUUUUCGCCAUGACACAGGGCCCAGGGAAGUCGCCCGGGGGUGUCCUGCAGAUCUCUGCUGCUGCAACCCAGAAGAAUGCCACGUCGGCGCCCUCCAAGCCAGCAAAGCCACCAACACCGCGGCUCAAGCUGCUGGUGAGACGUCUGCCGCCCGGCUUGACGCAGGCCGAGUUUGAGAGCGCGUUGGGGGACGAGUGGAAGACUGGCGCGGGCAAGGUCGAUUGGCUGCAGUACAAACCGGGGAAGGUUUCAAAGGAUGCUGCUAAACCGUCUCGUCCGUCGCGUGCGUAUAUCCACGUUGUGGCCAACGAACACCUUGCCCCGCUCUCCGACACGGUGCGCACGACCUCGUUCCUCGAUGCGCGGAAUACCGUUAACGAUCCGGUCCUGAUGGGCCCGCCGACGCUGGAGUUCGCUCCCUACAGCAAGGUGCCUGGGAGCCGGGUCCGCAAGGAUGCCCGACAGGGGACCAUCGAUCAGGAUCCAGACUUCAUUGCCUUUCUGGAGAGUUUGACGCAACCGAUCACCAAGCCGACCGCGUCGGCGGACGCGGCUGCAGACGGCGGGGAGAAAAGGGAGACCAUGAUCACGCCACUCGUGCAAUAUAUCAAGGAUAAGAAGGCAAACAAGGCCAAGGAAAACGCCGCGGCCGCGAAGGCGGCGAAGCAUGCCAAGGGAGACAGAGAGGGCAAGGCAGAGAAGGUCCAGGCGAAAAAGCUUCUCCAGCGACCAGACAAGGACGUCUCUUCGACGUCUGACAAGAAGAGCCGGGCCGACAAGACAACCAAGGAGGCCGUCAAGGCCGCGAGCAAACAGGCUGCCAGCAUCGCAGCCAAGGCAGCAGGCGGCAAGACGAGCGCCGCGGCGGCUGCUACUGCUACUACGAACAAGGACACCGGCGCCGGCGCUUCUUCAGACCGCAAACGAGACCGUGGGAAUGCCAGCGCGGCAGCCAAGAUCGUCCAGCGUGAUCUGGGCUUGUCGCCUGCAUCCGGGGGUCGCCGUCGCGGCGGCAAAGGCUCGGGUGUGGCCGAGGGCGAGAGUCCCCGUGAUCGCGCAGCGACGCCCACCGAGAAGAAGGAUGUACCCCUGACGAAAUCUACCAAGGGAGCGGCGGGCCCUAAGACCGGCAAGGAAUCCGCUACGAUGUCGCGCGCGGCGUCCGAUGCGGGCGGUACGCCUUCACUGAAAGGUACGGGACCUGCUGCCUCUACAGCGAAGUCCUCGAAACCCGGUAGAGGGAAGAAAGAAGGCGCGGCAACACAAUCGCCUGUCUCUACAGCUACGCAGGCGUUCUUGAAGCAUGCAAACCCGUCGCAGGGGGUGACCGAGGCGCUGCUCGAGACGGCGUUUGCGCCCUUCGGCACCGUGACCAAGGUGGAGAUCGACAAGAAGAAAGGAUUCGGGUAUGUUGAUUUUGCCGAGCCAGAGAGUCUACAGAAGGCUAUUGCCGCGAGUCCCGUGGCUGUCGCACAGAGCCAGGUGGUGGUACUUGAGCGCAAAGCCACGGCCGGCGGCGCUGACAAGGGAGGAGGAGGGGGAGGAGGAGGCCGCGGUGGGAAGGGCUCUAUGGGCACCAGCACCAGCGGCGUCGGAAAACAGGACAAGGACAAUAAGGAAGGUCGUGGGAAGAGCGGGGGAGGAGGCACCGCGAGCCCAGCAACGAGCGCUGUGGGCGCAGAUGCAGUGACCGGCGCUGCCGCACCGGCUGCUGGCGGUGCCUCUCGUGGUUCGCGAGGACGAGGACGUCACCGCGGCGGAGGAUCCAAGGGGAACAACGCAAAGGCGAGCGAGACCAAGUAGAGCAGUAGAAUAACGAUAGAUGAGUGAUACCCAUUCAUGACAGCUUUUAGCAUGAGUCUAGACAUUUUGAGGUAGCUUCGUAUUAAAAUACUGUAGUAC